AUGCCUAUCACCAGAAGUGAUUCGAGACCAUUUCUGUUUGUUUGCAUUCGUGACGAGAACGACCCCCAGCGACCUGAUGGGCGAAUUCAUAUAUAUGAUACGACUGAUCCUAUGCGCGAUGUUAGAUUUGUAUACACCGUCACUGGUGAUUUGAAGUGUAGAAAGAACGACUUCCAUGAUGUGCAUAUCAUUGAUAACAAAGUCACUGACGCACAAUGCCCUGGAAAAGAUGAUUCGCAAAUGUAUAUUACUACCGUUCUUGAUCCGCUCGACAAGAACAGAAUUCGCUACUAUGACACCACUGAUAUACGAAGUUGGAAGAUGGUUCACGAGAUCCACGCUGACUGGGAGUAUGCAACAGAUGGACUUGGCAAUGUUCGGUGA